UUGAUCCGAAGGGCGGGGGGGGGGAGUGGAGAAGUUGGUGGGCGUUCAUUCUUUCCUACUCCAUUCCAGGUAAACAACGCUGGUGGAACCAACAACACAAACUGGCCAAAUCCUGAACUCGAUAUGGACUUGAGUAAUUUUGACUACAUUUUCAAUCUGAAUACUAAAAGCAUCAUACGGCUCUGUCAGCUAGCCCUACCGCAUUUGGCAGAGACAAAGGGUGAAAUUGUGAAUGUGAGCAGUAUCGCAGGCCAGCCGAACGGGGCGUCGGUAUCCUUUGCAUACUACAGUAUCGCAAAAGCGGCGCAGGACCAACUAACCCGUAAUCUGGCCGUUUACUAUAUCCAGAAAGGUGUUCGAGUGAACGGGAUAAGCCCAGGGAUGAUAUCAACAAAUAUCAUACAACGACAAGGAAUUCCACCAGAAGUCGCUAGGAAGGCAGAGCAAGCUGUUGCCUCAUCGCCUUCACGUGUGCCAAGUGGUCGCGCUGGAACCCCUGAUGAUGUGGCCGAGGCAAUUCUCUUCCUUGCCGAUAGGUACGCCAAAUAG